AUGCUCUUUUACAGUAAAAACCUCCAAGGAAGUGAUGUAUUAAUAUCUCCUGCUGGAAUGAGUCCUAUAUUAAUUAAAAAUGACGAAACUGCUCAUCUUCGAUUUUAUAAGCAUUUAAUCAGAAUAGCAGAAUUUAAUUUAAGCAGAGAGGAAUUUUUGAUUCUUAGAGUUUUAAUCCUACUUCACACAGCUACAACAGAAUUGUCAAAAAUCGGAUUUGGAAUAAUACAUGCUGAACUUGAAAAGCUUUCCAAAACUUUGUUGUUUUACGAACAGCACAAAUGGGGUGAUGCGAAAGGGGCAGAGAGAUUUGCUAACUUGGUAGAUAUUUAA